UCUUUUCUUUAAUAAAACCAUAUCUUUUCACACACAGGAGCGUCCAGCUAUACAGCAGACAUGGACUUAGCACCAACUUCAAUUACUACUGUUUGCUUCUCUCUGUAUCCAUGCAUAUAUAUAUCGACCUUUCAAUGAGCUCAUCUUUUCCAUACCCUUUUCUCACCUCCUUUUCCACCUCCCUUUCUCCUUUUACUCGUCUCUGGACCACACAUUACAGUGCAUUCCCCCCUCUCUCUCUCAAAAAGACAAAGCAAACAAAAAAACCCAGCAAAAAUGGCGACCCCUGUCAGAGGCUACGGCAAAAUCUCGCUAUCCGAACCUAGGCCUGCAACUCCCGAACAUAGCACCAUAAGGCUCGGGAACCCCGAGCCACCCUGCCUCUCAAAGAAAUCAAAGCUCAUUCUGUUUUCCUCUCUCGCUCUUUUGCUGCUCCUAGGUUCGGGGGCUUCUUUCGCUCUCCUGGUUCGGUCCAGAAUCAGAGGCCGAGAGCCCGAACCAGAAUGGAAACCGAGCCAGGCAAUAACUGUCACGUGCAAAAAGACCCUCUUCCCGAGUCUAUGCGUCGAGUCAUUAUCCGAAUUCCCUGGCGCUCAGACCGCCCAAGAACGCGAUCUUGUCCACAUAUCGGUCAAUCUGACGCUCCACCGCGUCGGAAAAGCCUUUUCAGCUGCGGCGCUCUUGAAUGGGCUCGAGAUGGACACACGUGUCAGGGGAGCGUACGACGACUGCAUUGAGCUCCUGGACGACUCGAUGCAGGAGCUUUACGAUUCACUCGGCGUAGUGAGCGGGUCAGUAAAGCGAGCGAGUUUCGCAGAUGUGUCGACAUGGCUGAGCGCUGCUCUGACAAAUCAGGACACGUGUAGAGAGGGGUUAGAGGGGGUUACGGGGAAUGUUAAGGAGAAGAUGGAAAUGCAUUUAAAGGAUUUGUCGGAGUUAAUCAGUAAUUGCCUCGCGAUUUUUAGUGCGAAUGGAGGGGGCGAUGAAUUUCAGGGAAUUCCCAUUCAAAACAAGAGGAGGUUAAUGGGGGCGGGGGAGAGCAUUUUCCCCUCGACGAAAAGUGGUUUUCAGGAGAAGAAGGGCGGUUUUUGGGGUGGAAAAGGCGGUUUUCCGGCGUGGGUGACCGCAGGGGAGAGGAGGUUGUUGUUGGCUUCGGUGGCUGGGGUGCAAGCGGACGUGGUGGUGGACAAGAGUGGGAAUGGGACAUUUAAGACCAUUAGCGAGGCGGUCAAGUGGGCCGCAGAGGAGAGCUCCAAGAGGAUCAUUAUUUACGUCAAGGCCGGGCGAUACGAAGAAAACAUAAAGGUUGGGAGGAAAAAGACGAAUUUGAUGUUCAUUGGUGAUGGAAUUGGUAACACUGUUGUCUCUGGAAGUAGGAGCGUGUCCGAUGGCUUCACUACGUUUCACACGGCUACAUUUGCGGCAAGUGGGACGGGUUUCAUAGCUCGAGACAUGACAUUUGAGAACACAGCGGGCCCAGGCAAACACCAGGCCGUGGCCCUCAGAGUCGGGGCUGACCACGGUGUGGUCUAUCGCUGCAACAUCAUCGGCUACCAAGACACCCUCUAUGUUCACUCCCAGCGCCAAUUCUUCCGAGAGUGUGCCAUUUAUGGAACAGUCGACUUUAUAUUCGGAAAUGCUGCAGUCGUUAUCCAAAAUUGCAGUCUCUAUGCCCGAAAGCCGAUGCCCCUGCAGAAGAACACAAUCACAGCUCAGAAUAGGAAGGAUCCAAAUCAAAACACAGGCAUCUCGAUUCAUAAUUGUCGCAUCUACCCUACUGCAGACCUCGAACCAGUGAAAUCGAGUUUUCCUACCUAUUUAGGUCGGCCUUGGAAGUUGUACUCCCGAGUUGUGUACAUGUUAUCAUAUAUGGGAGAUCAUAUCCAUCCCGCCGGCUGGUUAGAGUGGAAUGCUACAUCUCCUGUGAACAAUCUGUAUUAUGGGGAGUACAUGAAUUAUGGGCCUGGAGGAGCCGUUGGGCAGCGUGUUCAGUGGCAGGGGUUCCAUGUUAUAACCACGGUCGCUGAGGCGAGUAGGUUCACAGUUGCGCAGUUCAUUUACGGAUCGUCGUGGUUGCCUUCCACAGGUGUGGCCUUCUUAGCUGGACUCUCUGUGUAGGAGUUCUGCACCACCCUUUUUUCUUUCUUUCCUUUAUUCAUAUUUAGGUUUGGAGGGAAGUCUGUACUCGCCAAGUUCUGCCUUAAGUGCAGGGGUACAAGAAUUUCCUCACUUGUUGAUUUUAUUUUUACAACUCUUGGGAAAUAAAAAUCUACCUGAAAUAAUGCGACAUCGCCUCGCCUUCACGAAAUAUGUAUACAUGUGUAUCUUCUCAAAGAUUGUUCAGUCUUUGUAAUUGUUAAGUUAUAAAUUGGUAUUUCUUUUAUUUA